UAGAGCGAACGUAUCCGAAUAUUAGAAACCACACGUUAUUACAUGUAGCUAGUGCUCGGCGCACUGGGAACGAAGUUCCGUGUGAAAAUAUGCCAUCACACGUAUCACUCCAUGUGAUGGAACUCAAAGAGACUUUGUAAUGUUUUAGUUGAUUUAGUGCGAUUAAAAAUUGUUACAAAAACCGUUAAAUUCAUUAAAACGACGUAAUAAACAAUUGUUGGAUUUUAAUAUCAUUUGAAGUGAUAAUACUGUGAUUAGUAAACGAUUGAAAUACUGAAAAUGAGUUGGGUAAAAACGUGUGUGUUACAUAUUUUGUUUCAAUCUCUUGCUGUUGAGUGGAAUAAAACACAUCGUCCUAUUUUGAAUAUUACCAAAGUCGUUGCAAUCAAUUGACAUUAUAACAUUUCGAUUCUAAAAGGUAAAACAACUUGAAUUUUCAAUCAACACAUUUAUUAUGACUACAGCAGAAUUGCCCGAAUUUACACAAUGUACCGAAGUGGCUGCAUUGAGUAGCGGUGGAAAAAUUUUAUUUGCAUCGGACGAUUUCUUUGCUGCUGCCGAGGGCAUGUUGAAAGAUACCGAACCAAUUUUCAUACCCGAAAAAUUCACCGAGUAUGGCAAGUGGAUGGAUGGCUGGGAAACGCGUCGUAAACGUAUUCCAGGCCAUGAUUGGAGCAUUAUCCGAUUGGCUGGUCCCACAUCGAUUAAAGGCUUUCUCAUUGAUACCGCUCACUUUACGGGCAAUUAUGUGCCGAAAAUUUCCAUUCAAGCUGCAACUCUGCCCCCGUCUGCUGACUCAUUGGCACCAGGACGUAAGCCAGAUGUUAUCGGUCGUGCCCCAUCAAAUCGUGAUUUUGACAAAAUUGCGCGAUUAAAAUCAAACGAAUGGAAUACAAUCGUACCAAUGACUGAACUGAAGCCCGGCUACUAUGACACUCGAUAUACGUACAUUCAAAAUACUGAACACUUGGAUAAGUACACGCAUUUGCGGCUGAAUUUAUAUCCCGACGGUGGAAUCGCACGUUUCCGUGUCUACGGUGACAUUGAAUUGGACGUGACUCCAGAAACGAUCGGCAAUACUAUUAUUGAUGUGAUUGGCAUGCAAAACGGUGGCCGCUGUCUUAGCUACUCCAAUGCACACUAUGGACAUCCGAAAAAUCUGAAUAAACCGAGCCGUGGACAAUGUAUGGCUGAUGGCUGGGAAACAGCUCGUCGAUUGGAUCGCCCGUCAAUCAUUGAGAUGACUGAUAAAGAUGUUCUAAAUGCUCCCGGUUCUGAAUAUGCUAUUUUCCGUUUGGGAACAACGUCAACAAUCGUCUCAGUCGAAAUCGAUACGAAUCAUUUCAAGGGAAAUUCACCCGAAUAUGUAACGAUCGAGGGCACAACGCGUCGCGGCGACUUUACAACCACAUUCGACGAUAACGAUUGGACUGUUAUCGUGGAUAGAAUAAAAGUUCAACCACACAAAUUGCAUGUAAUCAAAAAAGAACUCAAAAAUACCGGACCAUUCAACUGCGUUCGAAUCACAAUGGCACCCGAUGGUGGAAUGUCUCGAGUCCGAAUCUUUGGCCAAGUGUUUGCCGAGAAAAUCCAAAGUAAUGGAACGAACGAAACAAAUGAACCGGAUCAAAAGAAUGAACAGAACGAGAAGAACGAGACGAAUGAGACACCAGAAGCACCAGCUGAAAUUUCAGAAACAACUGAAACCGCCCAAUCUGGAUCGGAUCAAAAGCAAGAAAACUCAACUUCUGAUUAAACGCCAACGCCACAGUAGAGAUCAAGUAGUAAUUAUCACGCGUACACAGACAAUCGAUCCAAAAUUAAAUAAUCAGACAAGAAUUAAAUUAAUUAAUCGGACGACACAAUAAAUAACUUUUCGUCUGAUUGUAAUCAGACAACAAUGUCACCGCAGGAGAUGUCACCGAAACAACGUCACCGAAGGCGUUUAAAAAAUAAAUUAAUUUUGCUUUAAUCUAAAACAAUUACAAUGAUUAACAAGCUUUUAUAAGUUCAAUGCUCAGGUUAGCUAGUCUUCAUUUUAAUUGGCACGUGUUACCAGGAGACCAAUUAAAUGCGUGAGCGCAAAAGACGUAUACGUUUGUAUGGAGAUGUUACACUUUAAAAUACUGCAAAUCUAAGUUGCUAUUUUGCGCUUAUGCAUUCAAUUGAACACUUGUACACCUAUUAUGUUUUCAGUGCAAUAUCGUUUCACAAUAUCUAAAACCACUCAAGAGAUCUGAAUUGUGCAAAGCAAAGAAAAACGGCGAAUUUUUUGAACAAUCACAAUCGCCUGAAGUUAUUCAUUCUUCAUGUUAUCGAAUGUUGCCAAGAAGCUAAACGAGCGAUUCAAGCCACAACAAGUGUAGAUUUAAAAGUAAUAUUUUCUGUACCCAAAUGAGUUUGAAAUAUAUACAUUUAUAUUGAUUUGAAUAAA